GCCCACCGAGCGAGCGAACACAGUCCGCACGACGCGCACGCCGACACUCCGACGACGACGACGGCGGCGGCGGGUGCCAUCGUCGACUUUUCUGAUUCUUCGGCCCCACCCCCGGUUCGGUUCGGCUCUUCACACUGCCUUGACACUGCCACUGCCACUGUGUCGCUUUCAUUCCCCUUAGGACCGACCUGCCUAACCCUCGAGUAACCCCCUACAAUGCUGCCUUUUGUUAUAUCUACCGUAACCGUACUGUACUCGCUAUGUGACCUGGUACAAACGAAGACUUUCUCCAACAACUCGCUGCUUUUGAUUCCGGGUAUGGAGUCGAUGGCAUCCGAUAAAUACCCCCACUACACGAUAAUCGAGUCGGUGAGCCGAACCACUCAAUGGCAUCAUCGACAUCGACGAGAAGUGAUCGCCGGGCCCAUCUAUGACUGGAACUCCUAUGAGAUCCCCUACCAAAUAUGGGGAGGAGACUACAACUUCCAAAGUCUCAUUCGACGAGGGAUACGGAUGUGGGAAGAGUCAACUUGCCUGCGUUUUCGAGAGAAUAUGGCGUCUCGUGACGCUAUCCGAUAUGUACUUGAGAAGGGCGACAGCUGUUUUACCGAAUACAUUGGCCGAAAUGGUGGACAUCAAGACAUUAUCAUCGGAAGUGAAUGUGCCGAAGAGUACGUGGUAGCUCACGAAACCGGUCAUGCUCUAGGCUUUUGGCAUACCCAUCAACGUCCCGACAGAGAUCGACACAUUUCGAUCAAUUGGAAGAACGUGAUGGAAGAAGCCACCGCUUCGUUUAUGCCAUUCCGAAGCAUGCUACAGGCUUUUGGAAUACGUCAGGUCUCAAACCGACGCGUACCUUAUGAUUACGGCUCACUCAUGCAUUACCAUGCUGUCGCCCACGCAAUCAAGGUAUCGGAUUUCACGAUAGUUCCCAAAGAGCUGAAGUAUGUCACAACCAUGGGCACGGAAAAGAUGGCAUUCUUGGAUGCAAAAGUGAUCAACGACAUAUAUUGCCCCAAUGCGUGCAUCGGAAGAUCAAACCUGAACUGUGUGGCUGGAGGCUAUCCGGAUCCAAACAACUGCGCUGUCUGUCGGUGUCCUGAAGGUCUUGGUGGCGUUGACUGUAGUCAGUUACAACCAAGUGCAUGUGGCGGUGAAAUACGCGCAACUGACCAAUGGCAAACAUUGAACAGCCCACCAGGAAAAGACGUUGUCUGUUAUUGGAGGAUAUCUGUUCCGGAUGGCUCACGGGUACGCUUCCGUCUUUCGGACGGUGAAUUUCCAUGUUCAUAUGGAUGCCAAUCUUAUGUAGAAAUUAAGCAUAAGCUCGAUAUUCGAUUGACUGGAUUCCGGAGUUGUUGUUAUCGCCCGAAGGAGGAUACGGUAUCGGAGAACAACCAGGUGUUCGUUAUCUACCAUCCAAACGGACGAACAGCUCGUUUUUCACUGCGCUACAAGCGACAAUAGGGGCAGCGGCACGGGUAGCUCGCUUCCACGAGCGCCAACGAACCUAGUCAGCGGCGGUGCCAGCGCCACUCCGCUGUUUUCUCGUUCCUUUUCUAUUCGCCACUUUUCCUUCUUCUUGCUCAGGGCUUCCGGUUCAAUCGCCGGUGACCAACUCCAUAACUUCGGCUAGAGGACCCUUCAAACACUAUUUUUUGUACAUUCUUUACAAAAACCCAGUGAUUGUGAGGUAGGGCUUCCCACAAAUGCGGAGAGCCUUCCCUAACCUUCCAUACUUUCCGCAACCCGUGCACAACCUCACCCCUACUAUUGAAAACCCGGUGAUCUGAGAUUAUGACCUCCACUUGCCCUUUUUUCCAUUUUGUUUCAAUUUCUGACGUUUGACGAAAUAGCUUUAAUUGUUUAGUCAUCUUUUCUUUCUAAUGAUUUGCCUAGGAGAAUUGAAUGGGUAAACACACCCGAACAGCCAGUUUUGUACAUAAUGCUGAUGUGUUCUAAAU